AUGGAAUAUAAUGAAAACCCUUUAAAUGAUUUACUCGAUCGUUACAACAUAAUAUACAUACUAGUCGAUAUAUCAGACGUCAACGCAAUCGACUUUUCCCCUUCAAUUGAAUCUACUCAACAACCACUCUCAGUUUUCAACCAAAAUGGGAGACGUUCUACCUCCCCUUUGAGCGAUCGCCGAGUUGCUUUUCAAGAGAAUAAUAGAGGGACUGACAGGGCUUCAUCAAAAGCAGAAACAUCAACAUUUAUAAACAUUGAAACACACCAACAACAACAACCUCUAUCCCCACAAAAAUUAACAAACUCCAACAGUAAUCUUUGCCUGCUCCAACCACCUAACCCCUCAACACAUUUUCAACCAAAAUUUCCUCGUUUAAAUAAUCAUCGCACCUCUGAAGUGCGCAAAAUGUCUAUUGUUGGGAAGCCUCUGGUUUACAAAAAUUAUAGAACCGAUCAGCGCUUUAGGCGGGUCCAGUCAAAAAUGCACAAUUUUCUUGAGAGGCCGAGAGGGUGGAAGGCAGCAAGCUAUCAUUUGGCUGUUUUGGUGAUGGUCCUAAUGUGCCUAGCUUUGAGUGUGUUCAGUACUAUACCCGAGUUUGAGGAGCAAGCAACUCUCACUCUUUAUUAUACAGAAAUUAUUUUUGUUUUUUGGCUGGCUAUUGAGUAUGUUUGCCGGAUAUGGUCUGCUGGGUGUCGUAGUAGAUAUCGAGGUGUUGCCGGCCGUAUUCGGUUUGGAACUUCAGCUUAUUGCAUUAUCGACAUAAUUGUGAUAACGGCCUCGUUAGUGGUCCUGUGUAUGGGUGCCACUGGACAGGUAUUCGCAGCCUCAGCCAUCCGUGGCCUUCGCUUUUUCCAAAUACUCAGAAUGCUCCGAAUUGAUAGGAGGGCUGGAACUUGGAAAUUACUUGGCUCAGUCGUGUGGGCACAUCGCCAAGAAUUGCUUUCUACUCUAUAUAUUGGCUUUCUAGGGCUAAUUUUUUCUUCCUUCCUAGUUUAUCUAUGCGAGAAAAACUACAAUGAUAAAUACACAUCAUUUGCUGAUGCUCUAUGGUGGGGAGUGAUAACACUCUCUACCGUUGGUUACGGAGAUGUUACCCCAAUGACUUGGCCAGGCAAAAUAAUUUGUGCAGUUUCUGCACUUCUCGGAAUUUCAUUUUUUGCUUUGCCUGCAGGAAUACUCGGCCCCGGAUUUGCAUUAAAAGUCCAACAACAUCAGAGGCAAAAACAUUUGAUUAGAAGAAGGGUGCCAGCUGCAAGGCUUAUUCAGUGCUUGUGGAGGCAUUAUUGUGCUCAACCCGAAAGCAGAAGCCAGGCAACCUGGAAAGUCUACUUGCAGCCUGCUCCAAUAAUAAGAAUCAGGCCUUGUGUAUCUGCCCCAAACGGUCAAAACAACAGUUUAAUCAACCGAAUAAGACAAAGUGCCAGAAGAAAACCGCCUCCUGCCCCAUUAAGUACUGAUUUUGGAGCUGAAGAUGAUACACCGACAGACACACUUUGUGGGGUAAAUGUCAGGACUUUCAUUGUAUCAGCUUCAGAUACUCUUAGUGAAAUUGAAAGUUUGGGUGCUUUAGGAUUCUCACUUGGAAGUUGGCGUAAGAGCAGUAGUAACAAGAGCAACAAUAGAAAUUAUUCCCACCACAAAAAGAGCAUUUCCGCCUUGGCAAUGUCCACAACUUCAGCUAUUAUGGAUAGUGACUGUGGACAACAUCGUCCCGUGGGGAACAGUUCUUCCCUAGCUCCCCCAAAUGCUCAUCCUCCGCCUAAACAACGCCAAUUCAAAAAUUUACUACCUCGUCGUCCAUCAACCUCACCGGAAGAAAGAAGAUAUAAAUCCUCGAGCCCUAAACUUGCUGAAAAAUCAGACGAAGAAAAACAGCCAGAAGCCUCAGAAAAGGACAUAAACCCUCGAAAGCCUUGCCGGUCAUUUUCUGCUGCGGAUCCAGCCACCCUCCUUCUAGGCGAUUUUUGGAUGGCACCUUGGCUAGAAUGGAUAGCGAGGGAACGUGCGGGAGGGAUAAACACAGGGAAUGGAGGGAACGACAAUAAUGGGAAUGAUGGGAAUAAUAAUAACAACAACAAUGGAGGAAACGAGGACUCCUCAGUGUGGGGUCAGUUCACUGCAUGUGCACCUCUCCAUCAGCGACGGGGUCAGGACCGUCGGCGCCUAUCCAAUGAAUACGUGUCCGGUAAAAUAAAAAGAAAAAUUAGUAAAUUGCAAGUGCGCAGUCUUUAUCGCAUUAUUAUUUAA